AUGUUUGCUGUCUGCCACUCAGCAGCCAUUGGAGGAGCUGAGAAUGUGAAUGUGAACGAGAAAUCCGAUGCCUUUGUGCCAAAGAUCCUCCCUCAUGUCCCUAUCUGUGACAUUUUCUGUUCUCCAGUUCCUAUCGGCUGUGCUCAAUGCUGCCGUCUGAACGGUCACACCGGUGGUGGAGCGUGUCAAGGAGUUCAAUGUUGGUGUAAC